AAGGAGCGACACCUGCCAGCUUGGCCUUGCAGCGGGGUUAUCACAAGUUGCACAAGCUCCUGACCGAAAAACAAACCUCAAGCAGAUGGACAAUCUAAUGCCCUUAAUGGUGACAGCCCAGGAUCCUUCGGGUCUGCUCACUGCCCAAGAUGCAGAUGGCUCGUUCCUUCCCUGCACAUCAGCGUCCACGGACAGCCCGCAGCCUUCCUCCCCUCCUGCCGGUGCGGAGAGCUCUCCAUGCGGCCUGGGGAUCACGGCCGUGCAGGUGGAGCGUCUCUCUGAUGCCUCCAGUGCAGGCAAGGAAGAGAACACAGAUCGUUCCUGUAGGAAGAAAAAUAAAGGCGUGGAGAGAAAAGAGGAAGAGGCGGAGCCUACCGUGGACUCUGAGACUCGGUCUAAUCCCCAAAGCUGCCUUCAGAGCAUGUCUGAUUGUGGGGAGAAGGGGAAAGAAGGCCUUCCACCCUGUGAAAUCGGAAGUGAAGAAACUCAAGCAAAACCUAUCACAGCGGCCACAGCCCCGGGGUCUCUGAGCUUGAGCAGUGGGGGUGCUGCCCUGCCGGGAGUCACACUCAUGGAGUCAGGCCCGGCCCCGCAUUUCCCUGCAGGUGAACAGGAAGGCAGGUCAACAGGAGAUGCUGGUGUCCCAGAGACCGCAGAGGGAGCGGAGCGUGGUCUCAGGAACCCAGAUGCCACCACCCAGAAGGUGCUCACAGCUGCCGGGGAAAGGACAAAGGAAAGACUAGAGAACUCUCAUGUCGGUGCAGCUGGAGCCUCUCACGUCAAAGACACAAGGCAGCCAGUGGAUAAAGCCAUGGUUCCAAACUGCGUGUCUGCCACCAGCUCCCUGGACGGUGAGACGCCUGCUGAGUCGGUACUUGUACUGAGUCAUGGAGGAGCCCCUAUUGAAAAAACUGCCGAAACAGAAACUUCCAGACGUUGUGAUGCGAGUGCUGGUGAUCAGAGCCCUGCCAGCGUUCCAGCUGCUGCAAAUGGCAAGAUGGACGCUCCCUUAGCACACACGGGUGGGGCAGUGUCGUCCGCUGAUCUACCCUUCCCCCGGCCACAGAAAGAUGCUUUGCCGAAGGAGAAAGCAGAAACGAAUUCACCUCAUCUUCAGAGCCAGAAUGACCAGCCACCCAUCUGCUCUCCACCUAGAGACGAUCAACCUCGAGCUGCCCCUGCCGGUGGACAGAGCACAGUGACGUCUAGUGGUGCGCUGGCUGCAGAGCAUCGUGAUGACACAGUCACCCAGCCUGGAGGCUCCGCCACAGGCCCGCCCCACGCACAGCCUCCGCCCACUGCCGUCUGCCCGGAAGGCCCACAGGCUGAGACCGCCACCCCUGACCCUGGAGGAGACACCCAGGAAGAUGUGGGUUUUUGUCCCCUUGAAGUUUUGGAUACAGGGGGCCAAACAGGAGGUGUGAACUCACAAACACCUCUCACAAACGCGCUUGAAGUGGAGCUGCAUCCACACGCUGUUGUCCCCAAAGCACAGCGAGAGCCAGUGCCCGGCCAGGCGGUGACAUCAGGCAGGACUUUCUCUCCGGCAGGCAGUGCAGACAGUGAAUCAGUAACGAGAGAUGACGCACUUUCUCUUGUCCCCUCCCAGAAUGAAAAGGGAACAGCAGCUCCCCAGCCACUUACCGCUACAGACGGUAGAGAUGGCGGAGAUUGGAGGGAUCCAGAUAAGCAGCCACUAGAAGACCGUGCAGCAGGCCUGCCCACACCCCCCGCUGCCCUGGAUCCUCAGCCCAGCAUGGGGAACGCCAGUCCUGGAGGAUUUGGGGAGGAGCAGGAGGACCCCUGCCUCCCAGCAGCCCCUGAAGUUAGGAACAUGGAAGGGGGCACCGACUCUUCCCGGCUACAUGUGGCUGAGGCCCCUUUGGCCUCUGAUUCCAGUUCGACUGAAGAAGGAAACAGCCCGGUGGUUCCAGAAAGCUCUGCGGCCCAGGGACAAGGUGACAGAUUUAAAGCAGUGAUUUGCUCCUCCACUCAGGAGGACACGCCUCCUUCAGGGGCGCUGCGGGAAGAGCAGGGAACAGACCCUCCGCGACAGGAGUCACCAGGGGACCAGGGAGAACCUGGCGCAGCUGCCUGUGCCCGGGACAAAGCACUUGAACACGGUGGUUCCCGGGGCACACCCUGGGCCUGUCUGAAUGCAGAAACCAAACACAACAAGGAAGUGGCCCCACCAGCCUCACUGCUGACUGAAGGUGGGGCCGCCCAGAGCCCAGUGCCACCGGGAGCAGGUCUGGCCACAGACGCGGGCCAGGAAGCCGGGGGUGCAGAGCAGAGCAGCUCACCUCGGCUGCCGGGUCUGUCCCCAGAUGCCUCUCGGGCUCCUAAUUGCAAUGGACCUUCUGCUGUGGAUGGAGUGACAGACGCUCAAGCCCAGGGAGAGACCGCUGCUUGCGAGGCGAGUGGAAACAUGGCAUUGGAUGUGGCAGUGGGUAAUGCGCUACAGGGAACUGCGGAAGCCAGGGGAACGGCUCUGUCACACAGUGCCCAGGACCUGCCCGUUCCGGAAGUCUUGCUGCGCCAGGAGAACGGGAUCCAGGUUUUGCCAGGAGCCUUACCGGACAAAGGUGGGACGGACCUCCAGGGUGCUGCAGCCCCAGAGACGGUGCCUCCUGUUUGGGAGAAAGGGAAGCCGGAGCGAGCCCACCUCAGCUGUCGCAGGGAUGCCUCCGAGGAGGCACAGAUGAAUGACACACGCUCCGUCCCCCUGCAGCCCACUGCCAAGGAGCUCCCCGCAGAGGCAGGGCUCUCCACCAGUGAUGACCAGGCCCCCAGCAGGGACAGGGGCGCUCCCCCUGUUCCUCACGCUGUGUCUGCCGAGGCCGGGCACCUGCCUAAGAGCGCAGACUCCAUUGAGGAGGCUGCGAGUCGUAUAGUGGAUGCCGUCAUUGAGCACGUCAGGGCCUCAGGAGCCUUGCUCACAGAGGGCGACAUCAGUCACCUGCCACCGUCCAGUCCUGCGGAGGCCGGACCCCGGGCUGACCAGCUGGAGAGCGCUUCUGCCGGCAAAGUGCACGCCCUCCUGCCUGGGGAGACCCCACCAGCGGGUAGUACUCGUGAAGAAACACCCAGGAGCUCUGCCGGAUGCUCUGCUGGAAGGGAGGAGCCAGAGAAGAUCAUUCCGCUGGUUCCAGGACCUGAGCCGGCAACAGAAAUGCCCGACACCAAGGCCGACGAUGAGGUGGACUUUCUGAGGAAUCCCAGGCAGAGCUCCGUGUCUGAGGAGGCGGCUGGAGGCGACACGGCUGCACCUUCGGGGACGAGACCAGGCCUGAAGACACCGUCGCGCCUGCAAGGGACCUGACCAAGCUGUGAAAGCACGGCAGCAGCAGCAGCUGUGGUCGAGCCACGCCAUCUAAUUCUUCUGGCAGUUGUUUCUCUAAUUUGUCAUCCAUUGCUGAGCAUAGAGAAAAGAAGAGGGAUAUGAAAAGAGCUUUUAAUUCUAAUAGAAGAAGAAG